UGGGGGGUGGGGGGGAGAAGAGAAAAGAGCGAGAGAGAGGAAGAGAGAGAAAAAGAGAAAAGGCGACUAGGAACCGAAGAAGCACUCCCACCGUGGGUGCCUGCCACCAUGGGAGCCUUGCAUCACUUGCCCGAGCCGUUGCUUCGUCCAUGGGCCAUGUCGUGAUCCGUGGGCACAGCCAGCGGGAUUUCUGUCAGUGAUCCUAGCCGCCAAAGAGAGGGGGAGAAGAUGUCCGCCUCGGUGGGCCCUCCGGGCGGCGCGCGUCCACCCGUCGUGCCGGCGUCCAUGCCCGAACCGGACCUGAGCCAUCUGACGGAGGAGGAGAGGAAGAUCAUAAUGGCCGUGCUAGCUCGACAGAAGGAGGAGGAGGAGAAGGAAGAGGCCAUGUUAAAGGAGGAGAAGCCCAUCCAAGCAAGAACUGUGAACCUGGUUGGGCAGAAGAAGCCUCAGCAAAACGAUGUCCGAGGUAUCCAGCAGCAGAUGUCGAGCUACAGGGAGACGGUGCGACGGGUUGGGGAGGAGACGCGCCGGCAGACCACCACGGGCCAGCACCGGGACGACGCUCCCACCUGUGGCAUCUGCCACAAGACCAAGUUUGCUGACGGCUGUGGCAGCCUCUGCUCUUACUGCCAGACCAAGUUCUGUGCCCGUUGUGGAGGGAGGGUGUCCUUACGCACCAACAGUGAGGACAAAGUGGUGAUGUGGGUGUGUAAUAACUGCCGUAAGCAGCAGGAGAUCCUCACUAAGCCAGGGGAGUGGUUCUCAGGUCCAGGGAAGCCAGGUCUAGGCUCAGGCAUCAGUGACCCGGCCAUGUGUGGCCUGAACCCCGGUGACAAGAAGCUCCGUUCCCACUUCCAAGUCCCCCUGGGGCCCCUCGACCCCAAUCACCCCGGUGACCCAGGACUGGCACCCGGAAUGGACCCCCGCUCACGUAGCGAGCCGCCGAGAAAGCCGGGCGAUCAGAACAUUAAAGGUCGAGGUGAGCGUCACCCCAGACUCCAUACCCAGGUGUCAGUGGACCGGGACCAAUGGGAGCGGGACCGGAGGGAGGGCCGGCGGCUGACUAAGGGUCGCUCUCUGGAACAUGAUCCUGUGGGGGUCCCCCGAUGGACAGAGGAGGGCUACCACAUAGACCCCCACGCCCCCCGACAUUUAUCCCAGCCCCAGCCAGGGGAGCCACUGGGGGGCAGGCACCCUCUACAGCCCCAGGGGCGAGGCAGGGGGGUUGGGAUGGGGAUUGGGUUUGAGAGUGUUGGGGGCAUUGGGGGCCAGCCCGAGGCUAUGCUGGGCCAGAGGACGGUGGUGGGGGGCACUAGGGGGCCACAGGGCCUCGGCCCUCCACAGCUCCAGCCCCCAGAACUCAGGGAGCCCCCUGGGACAGCCCCAGGCCCCGGUCAGGAUCCCCUCCUGCGCCGGUCCAAACGGGACAAGGCUGAGAGCAUGCUGCGCAAUGAUUCGCUCAGCUCGGACCAGUCAGAGUCUCUGCGGCCGCCCCCGCCACGGCCGUACAAGUCAAAACGUGGCGGUGCCGGGAAGAGACAGACAUCUGUCAGCAGCUCAGAGGAAGAGGGAGGGACCACGCCGGAGUAUAGCAGCUGUGAGGACGCCGAGAUUGAGAGUGUCAGCGAGAGAGGUGGGAGAGGUAAGAGGAGAGGGGACUGGGAGUGCUACCCGCUGGACCCCACUGUGUGGCAUCAUCCGGUGACAUGGCAGCCAUCCAAAGAGGGUGACCAUCUAAUUGGCCGAAUCACCCUGAGCAAGAGGAGUGCUAUGCCCAAAGAGGCCGGAGCACCGCUGGGGCUGAAGGUGGUUGGGGGAAGGGUCACAGAGGCGGGCAGACUGGGAGCCUUCAUCACUGUAGUCAAGAAGGGCAGUCUGGCCGACAUCGUGGGACACCUUCGAGCAGGGGAUGAGGUUCUGCAGUGGAACGGCAAGAUGUUGCCAGGAGCAACCCAGAAAGAAGUUUAUAAUAUCAUUCUCAAUUCCCAAGCAGAACCUCAAGUGGAACUAGUGGUGUCCCGGCCCAUUGGUGAUAUCCCAAGAAUCCCAGACACGUCCCACCCUCCAUUAGAAUCUACCCUCACAGCAGGUUCCAGUUCAUUUGAGUCCCAGAAGAUGGAGCGGCCAUCUAUAUCGGUCAUGUCCCCCACCAGUCCCAGUACACUUAGAGACCACCCACAGCUAAUGCCUGGACAGCUUGCAGUACUGCCCGGACGACUUUUAGUCAAGCUGUGGUAUGAUAAGGUGGGACACCAGCUGAUUGUGAACGUGGUACAGGCUACAGAGCUGCCUCCCCGCCCAGAUGGGCGUCCCAGAAACCCCUACGUCAAAAUGUACUUCCUGCCAGACCGAAGCGAUAAGAGCAAGCGGAGGACUAAGACAGUGAAGAAGAGUGGAGAGCCAAAGUGGAACCAGACGUUUGUGUACUCCCACAUCCACCGCAGAGACUUUCGCCAACACAUGCUAGAGCUGACCAUGUGGGACCAGCCUCGCUUACCUGACGAGAAUAGCAUGUUCAUGGGAGAGAUCCUAAUAGAGCUGGAGACAGCCCCGUUGGAUGACAAGCCUCACUGGUACAAGCUGCAGACCCACGACGUGUCGUCUAUCCCCCUGCCCUGGCCAUCCCCUUACAUGCCCCGCAGAAACACAGACACACCCAGCAAGAAGCUGCAGCGUUCUCAGCGUGUUAAAGAGCCUGAAUACGAUGACACUGGACCUAUGUCUAAAGCUGCCGAGAGGGGAUCGCGGGAGAGGGGGAGGCAGCAAAAGGAUCCCCACGCCACCACUCUGGAGGUGCCAGAGCAGAAGAGGACACCCCAGCAUCGCUCUCGAUCUGUCUCUCCUCACAGAGAGGAACAGGGCAGGGGGCGAUCACGACCCGCCAAUGUCCCCACCCAGAGGAGUUUGGAUGAUGAGAUCCACCAUAGUAGGAGGUCUCGUUCUCCCACCCGCUACUACGACUCUACCAGAGGACACUACCAGGAGCAGGACUAUGUAGAUGACAGUGAGGUCAUCCUGAUCCACCAGUCAAUGCGAGGCAAAAGUGCAGAAUGCCUACACACUGAAAGUUCCACACUGCCUGCAUGUCUAAAGACUGGCUCGAUGGUGCGUUCCAGUGUUGUCACGGCAAUACGCAGCUCUUUCACACAACGCGUUCUCAGGUUUACAGACGAGAUCACCGUUAGUGAUCUACAUACCUCUCUGGACAGGGUUAAGACUAGGAGUGCUAGCACCAACUGUCUGAACCCAGAAAGGAACCAUAGUGUUCCUUCACCAGAUCCCCAAAGCUGCUCCCAGUCUCUACCCCGCAGACGCCCCGCCAGCCCCAGGAUUCUAAUCCAACACGCCUCCCCAGAAGACGACAGCAAAUGGAUGAUGGAACCUCUAGUACCUAGACAGGAGACAGUUAACCACCUCAGUGCAAAGAAGAGGCAAACUCGGAGCCUGGACUCAUCCACCUGUCACACUCUGGGCAAGAAGCUCCCUGACAACGACAGGGGCCACCUCCAAGGUGGCGCGUCUCUGUCCUCCUCAGUGAUGUCCUCGUCAGCAGCUCGCAGGGUCAGACAACUCCCACAGGUCCCAGACAAGAGCAGCAGCCCCGUAGAGCAAGCCCUAGCGGCAGAGGAGCGUGUUCGUCAGCUCCAGAUGAAGGUGCAGCAGAGGGACUCCUAUAGGAGUUCUGCUGCUCCGUCCACUUCUAGCAGGGACGUGGAGAGGGUGCUCAAGAGCAAACGCGAGGUCAGUCACCUGUCACUUGAGCUGUAUAAGGACCAGAGGAGAACCAGCUGUGAGAACGUAUCCCGCAAGUCUUCAGAAAGUGAUGUCAGCGACGUGUCAGCCAUCUCUCGCACCAGCAGUGCCUCCCGCAUCAGUAGUACCAGCUACAUAUCCAUCCAGUCAGAGAGACCCCGGGGACGCUUCAACAAGGCGAUGCGUGCGUCAGGCCGCAGCAUGUUGAAGAGCACCAGUGUGAGUGGUGAGAUCUAUGGCAUUGAGCACACGGACGGCAGCCAAUCAGAUACAGCAUUGGGCGGGGGCAAGAAGCGGCGCUCCAGCCUCAGCCAACGGGUGGUGGCCAUUGUAGGCCUGCCCUCCAGACGCAGCUGCAGCACCUCACAGCUCACCUCCCAGAAAGCAGUGGUGGUGGAUACUAAAAAGAAGGGCAAAAAAAAGAACAAAAUUCAGAUCCAGCGGAGUACAGAGGUGGGCAUGGCUGUAGAGUACCCACGCUCUGCCAUGAACCGCCAGGCCAGCAGAGACUCCACUGACGGGAGCAUGAACAGCUACAGCUCUGAGGGGAAUCUAAUCUUCUCGGGGAUGAGGCUGGGGGUUGACAGUCAGUUCAGUGACUUCCUGGAUGGCCUUGGCCCCGCCCAACUGGUGGGCCGGCAAACAUUAGCCACACCCGCCAUGGGAGAUGUUCAGAUCGGAAUGAUGGACAAAAAAGGCCAGCUAGAGGUGGAGGUGAUUAGAGCACGUGGCCUUACCCCCAAACCAGGGUCCAAAUCACUCCCAGCACCCUAUGUCAAGGCCUACCUGCUGGAUAACGGAGCCUGUAAAGCCAAAAAGAAAACCAAGAUUGCACGUAAAACCCUGGAGCCCCUCUACCAGCAGGCCCUGCUGUUUGAGGAAAGCCCACAGGGGAAAGUCCUCCAGGUAAUAGUCUGGGGCGACUACGGGCGACUGGAUCACAAAUGCUUCAUGGGAGUUGCACAGAUCCUAUUGGAGGAGCUGGACCUCUCCAGCACAGUGAUUGGCUGGUACAAAUUGUUUCCUCCUUCCUCAUUGGUGGACCCUACCUUAGCCUCGCUUACGCGGCGGGCAUCCCAGACAUCCCUGGACAGCUCAGGACCAGCUGGUAUGCGCUCUUAGUGACCACAACGCAACCACAACCCCAAAUGGACAACAACCAAUGGACCACAACUGACCAGAGUGCAUGACCACAUCCCUAGGGCCAAGAUAAACCUUAAG